AUGCUAGGCGAAACUCAUCUGCGGCCAUACGGUCGCCAUGGUUCGACACGGGAAUGUGACAUGACCGCUCGUAUCCUGCAGCCCGCACGCAACGCGAUGCAGUCUGGCAAGGGCAAGUCCCGCCGCUGGCUUCUCGCGUUCGAUCCGGCGUCGCCGCGACGGGUGGAGCCCCUGAUGGGCUGGACCAGUUCUGCUGACACGCGUCAGCAGUUGCGUCUGUGGUUUGACACGAAGGAGGAGGCGGUGGCCUAUGCUCAGCGCAAUGGCAUCGACUAUCGUGUUGAGGAGCCUCGCCCGACCCGCCCGCGUCUCAAUCCGGCUUAUUCGGAUAAUUUCCGCUCCGAUCGCAAGGGUCCCUGGACUCACUGA